AUGGCUUCUACGCCCUAUGGAAUUUGCGAGAAGUAUAUGUAUAGAUUGCCAGGGACGUCUGAGGAACCGGCUUGCUUAUUCCAGUGCUGGAAUGCUCGUAUCCUGAACUUGUCCACCAAUGACACGCUCCUCGAUUCCAACAACAUGUCUCAAUACCAAUACGUCAUUGCCCUCAUGAUCUUUCUAGUGGCGUAUUCUUUAUUCGAAGCACCUAGCAACCUUGCUCUUAAAGUAUUUAGUCCAAAUAUAUGGCUGGGCUUUCUGGUUAUUGUGUUUGGGGCCUUCUGUGCUGGUAUCGCAGGUGCUCGUAACUUCGAGCAGAUCGCUAUCAUUCGUUUCUUUCUAGGUGCCUUUGAAGCUGGCGUAUUCCCUGGGAUGAUUUUCUACAUGAGCUUUUAG